AAGAGUUGGCCCGGAAGUGGAUGUGGUGUCGGGUCAGGCACGUUUUCCCCGUGCUGCAUGUUGUGGUGAUGGUGGUCGGAGUGAUGGCCGGAGGGAAGAUGAAGCUCCCAGCUGAGGCGGCGGAGUCGGGACGUCCCACCGGCGUCCUGCAGCGGAACCGGCAGUUCCUGGACUUCUUCUGGGACCUGGCCAAGCCCGAGCAGGAGACGCGGCUGGCGGCCGUGGAGCAGCUCAUCCGGUACCUGGAGCACAGCGACCAGGCGGACGAGCUGGAGUACACCCUGAAGAGGCUGCUGGAGGGCCUGGCUCACACCCGGGAGGCGGCGCGGCCCGGGUUCAGCCUGGCUCUGGGACAGCUCCUGAACAAGUUUGAGGACAUCGCUCUGCAGACGAUCCUGGACCGAAUCAAGGAGAAGCACGAUGUGAAGAAAGUGAAGAAGAAACUCGUCAGAAACGCUCUGUUUGGGAACUUCUUUGGUGUCCUGGCGCUUCAUCAGUCCAGUCGCCUCUCCAAAGAGCCUCAGGUCGUGUUGGAGUGCAUCAAGCUCCUGCAGAGCCUCUCCCAGCACAGAGAGCACCUGAGGGACCUGCCCAGUAAGACCAUCAUGGACAUCCUCACCGAGAUCCCGGAGGAGGUGUUUGAGGAGGUGCUGCUGGGCGCCCUGCAGACGGACCUGGCCUCGGCCUUCAGCACGCCCGAGCAGCUGCAGCUCCUGCUGGUGGCGCUGCAGCGCUUUCCCCACACCCUCAAACCCAAGAAGCUCAAGAGUCUGCUGGGCUCCUCCACCAUCAUCAACACCGCAAACAUCCCCAAGCUGACGGAGGUGUUGAAGAUGGCGGCCGGCUCGGUGAAGAAGGAGUGCAUCCUGCCGGCGGUGGCCCUGGACCUGCUGAAGCUCUCCCUGAAGGAGGACAGCUUCCAGCUCUUCUGGACCAAGGCCAUCACGCAGGGCAUGCUGAGGGAGCAGCCGGGGCCCACACACUACCUGAGCUUCCGGCUGCUGGGCAGCGCCCUGCCCCUCCUGUCUCUGGCCCAGCUCAGAGAGGUUCUGUCUGGGGAGGUGAUGAGGCUCUACGGGGAACACGUGGUGUCCGCUCAGACACCCGACCGCUUCAAACUGGCCCCAGAAAUGGACGCCUACGUGUCGGACUUCCUGCAGGGCUGCCAGGACCCCGACAAGCAGCUGGCAGUGAUGGUGGGUUUCUCCUCGCUGACCAACCAGGGCUACCCGGUGGUGCCGUCGGUGUGGAGGGUGGUGCAGCACCUCCAGCCGGCGGCCCUGCAUCGCUACGUGGAGUGGCUGAAGGCCAUGUUCCUGCAGCCUCAGCUGGAGAACCUCCUGGACUUCAGCACUCGCAAGCAGAAAGACCAGCAGGAAGGAAGGGAACAGAAGAACGAGUCCAUAUCCCGUCUGAGGAAGUGGAUUGUUGCUCGGCUGAUCUCCGUCGUUGAGAACCAUCAGGUGAAGAAGGAGGAGGAUCUUGUCAUGGACGUGGCCAGGUUUGUCUUUUUCCACGCCUUCUUCCACGCCAAGAAGGCCACUCCGGACAUCCCAGAGUCGGAGGGGAAACUGUCUGUGCCGCUGGAAGAUAAAACCAGAGUCAUCCUCAUUGGUUCCUUCUUUGGGCUGCUGCAGGCCAUGCACCACAUGCCCGUCCUCAGCGAGUCGGCCGAGGUGGCGCCCGUCAGCCAGAGGCACGCCGUGGGUGUGACGGCUGAUGGCACCAUGUGGAUCUACUGCCUCGUCCAGUACGCACAGGUUCUGCUCAACCAGCCCAAAUACGUCCAGAGCGCUCAGCCUUUCAGCCCGGAGCAGAGACAGGCCUGGGACAGCAUGCUCGAGUCCGUGGCCAGCCUCAUGAAGAAAGCCAAGAAACGCCCGACGGCAGAGAUCAACGCGUUCCAGCAGCUCUUCCUGUUGGUUGGCAUGCACCUCUUCAAGGCCCCCACAGAGCUGGUGGACGUCAUGAACGACCUCCAGAACUGCAUGGAGAAAUCCCAGGAGAAGAAGGCCAAGAAGACAAAGAAGCAACAAGCCGCGCAGGAGGAUGAGCCGCACUGGGUGGAGGUGAUGGUGGACCUCCUGUUGUCCCUGCUGUCCCAGCCCAGCCGACACAUCAGGCAGGUCUGCAGGACCGUCUUCUCCUCCAUCUGCCCCCACGUCACCGCCACCGCCCUCACAGCUAUCCUGGACGUUCUUGACCCAGACAAGGACGAGGAGGAGAGCGCCAUGGUGGUCACUGACGACAAGGACGCUGACCAAACCCUGAAGGAAGACAAGAACCCUGAGGAGGAACAGGAUGAGGACAUGGAGGAGGAAAUGUCUGAUGGAGCAGAUGAUGACUCCAGUAAAGAUGAAGAUGAUGAGUCAAUGGAGGAGGAGGAGGAAGAGGAGGAGGAGGAGUUGGAUCCGAACUUCCGUGUCGAGCUGAUGAAGGUCUUACAGAAGCAGAACGCCUUGGCCACAGAGGAGGAUGGCAGUGAUGAUGAGGAUUUGGACGAUGAAGCCAUGAUGAAGCUGGACAAGAGCCUGGCAGCUCUCUUCUCCGAGCAGAAGAAAAAGACCCAGGCCAAGAAAGACGAAAAGACCAGACUGCACAAAGAGAAGGUGCUGGUGCGCGAAUUCAAGAUCAAGGUCCUGGACCUGGUGGAGGUGUUUGUGGCCCGACAGGCCGGCAGUCCUCUGAUCCUGGGUUUGGUGGAGCCUCUGCUGACCGUCAUUGAAAGAGGGAUGAGCUCCGACAGCGACCAGCAGGAGCAGGACUUCCUCCGCCGAGCCGCAGACAUCUUCAGGAACCAGCUGUGCAGGUCCAAGGUUUACUGCAGGACCGUCGGCGACAGGCAGGGGGAGCUGCACGACCUGCUGGAGAAGCUGAUGUCCCGAGCCCAGAGACUGGCCGACUCGUCAGUCUGCCUCUACUACUUCAGUGCAUCUCUGUACGUGGUCAAAGUGCUGAGAGGAGCUCUUCCUGCUGAGGCCAAAGACGAGCAGAAACCAGACAAACCUGCAGCGGAGGACGUGCGGUUCAUGGGGAACGUGGACGUGGAUCGUGUCUCUGCCGUCUUCAGAGAGGCUCUGAGCUCCUUCAUGAGCCGGAGGAAGAGCCCGCUGACCGCUCAGAUGUUCAGCGACCUGUUCACCAGGUUCCCGGUGCUGUGUGUUAAGCUGGUGGACACAGCAGUGCAGAACAUCACAGCUGGGGUUCGAGAACACCAGCAGGGCCAGGCGUGUGUGCUGGUCCUGCGAGCGCUGCAGAGCAGGGAGGUUCAGCAGCUGCUGGCCGACGCCACGUGGGCGGAGCUCUGUGAGAAGGUCGUAGGUCAGCUGGUGGCGAGUCUGCAGCAGGCGGGUCAGGCUGAGAGAAAGGUGGUCCAGGACAAGGUGGUCAAAUCCUUGGAGCUCUGUCAGUUCCUGGUCAAGCGCAUCCAGCAGCAGAAGCUGCCGGUGGACCUGGAGCCUCUGCAGAAGGUGCUGGAGUCCCUGAGCAACGUCUUCAGCUUCAAGAAGACGGGGCAGCUGGAGGACAGAUACUGGGCUGUGAUGAAACACUUCGGACACACGAGGCCCAAAUCUGAGAAGGUGAAGAAACCCACUGCAGAAGCUGAUCAGCCAGCAGUGACGAAGAAGAAAGGCUUCCUCCCCGAAACGAAAAAGAGGAAAAACCGCAAGAAGCACAAGCCUUUAGAAGCUGCGGCGGAGCAGGCGGCCUCCGCAGACAAACCUGCGGGAGAACCAGGACAAGCCAAGAGGAAGAUGAAGAAAACAAAGAGGAAACAGCCGGGGGGAGGAGAGAUGAGCUCACCGCUCAGCCCAGCCAAGAAGAGCAGGACUUUGCCUGAGAAUAAGGCGGCCAAGAAGAAGAAGAAACAGAAGAAAAUGGCAGAAGGCUCAAAAUAAACUGGACAGUGGUGUGUGUGUGUGUGGCUGUGUGUACGCUUCUUAACUGGGCACAAACACGUUUUAGUUUCCUUCAUUUUUGUUUUUUAUAAGUUGUUAUACUAGAAGCAGUUAUCUGCCAUGUACGUCACUUUUUUACAGAGCUGACAAAACUGUGUGAACGUGUUUCAAGAUCACCUGCUUCUGAGUUAAAACCUGAAGAGCUGGGGUCCAAACGAGGUGUAUUCCCGCUGUACCCAAAUAAACAGGAUUUGUCAUGACAGUGGUGGAUUUCUUCCAGCUUGACUGGACAACACACUUAGGAAGCCCGUUCGGUGCAUAAUUAGCUCUUCCAACAUCAAAUCGUGGUUGAAGAGUUAAAAAUGGUUCUCUAAACAGUUUUCUGAAUAUCCUCGUUUACUGGCUCGGCUUCCCAAGUCCAGCGUGUCAGUGAAAAUGACCUCCCUAAUAAAGUGGGUGGCAAAGGCCCCAGGGAUCUUUGAGGGACUUAUGAGGUCCUCAACUAAAUGAGGAAUAGUAUAAGUACACUUUAAUCAUUUAAAUUAAUGUGAAAUUAUACUAAGACAUUAUAUAAUUAAAGAUAUAAUUAGAGAUGAUCUUAUUUACUUGUCAUCUUUUUUUAAUGAUGCUUUUGCAAGGAGGUCAGUUUACUGGCCAUCUGUUGAUCCAGCAUCACUGACUUAAAUAUAGACUGGUAUUAAUUGUGAAUGUAGUUGUCCUGCAUGCCCCCCACCUCCCCCUUUUCCACUAAUUUGUCUUGUUUUGGUUUUUAUAAUUUUCUUUUUUUUCCCCAAUUUAGAUUUUUUUUUUUUUUGAUAAUUUGCUGAAUGCCCUUUCCCAUGAGCUUCUGAAAGGAAUCAAGUGAAUUUGCUCAGGUUUCAAAGGGUUAAUGUGCUAUGUGUUUAAAUACUGCCAGUCAGAGUUGGUAGACCUGCCCCCUUCAGUGGGGUUCUGGCAGUCAGAGCCCUUUAGUUCUUCAGAUUCAAAGAGGGGACAGAUUAUUUUGUUAGAGGAGAAACUCGACUCACCAGAGUUGCUUUAAACUCCUGUUGGCAUCUUGUUCCUGAUGGCAAUUGUUGGAAAAAAAA